GCCCCCGCGGCCUCGGCGCAGGCGUCGGCCGGUGAAGCCGACGGGACAGGAGGGUCAGCGUGGGGUGCGGGUGGUGUUUGGAACGACUGCGGCGAGCGGAGAGGGAGGCUGUCCGGCCGCUGUCGCCUCUCAUGCCUUCACGGCAACAAAGAGCGCGCUGAGCGGCGGGCGGAGGCACCGGGCCCCUGGCUUUGCCGGCGCGAAGGGCACCGGGAGACGAUGGCGAGGAAGGGAGAAGCCUCCACGCCUCUCUACGGUUAACAAAGUCCUGUUGGGCCAGUUGCAUGCCAAGCAUCUAGACUUGCACAAGCUGAUGUGUCAUGAAAUCUGGUAGCUGAAUUAGUGUCCUUCAUAAUCAGUGCACUUUCAAAUAAAUGAAUAUGCUGAAUACUAGCGCUGGUGAACCAAGGAAAUUUGACCCAAAGUUCAGAGGACCUAUUCAUAACAGACACUGCACAGAUGUUGUUUGCUGUGUGAUCUUCAUAGUUGUCAUCCUGGGCUACAUCGCACUGGGAAUUGUGGCUUGGGUGCAUGGUGACCCCAGGAAAGUGAUUUAUCCAACUGACAGCUAUGGGCAGUUCUGUGGUCAGAAAGAUACCCCCAAUGAGAACAAGACCAUUUUAUUUUACUUCAACAUUCUGAAAUGUGCCAGCCCCAUAGUGUUAAUAAACCUACAGUGCCCUACAACACAGCUUUGUGUCUCAAAGUGCCCAGACAGGUUUGCAACCUACAUUGAUAUUCAAGCAUCCUACAGAUACAAACCAGAUCAGUGGAAUUACUUCAAGCAGUUCUGCAAGCCUGGUUUUAAUAACCCUCGCAAGUCUGUUGCUCAAGUCCUACGUGAUGAAGAUUGUCCUUCGAUGAUCAUUCCAAGCAGGCCUUUUCUUAAGAGAUGCUUCCCAGACUUCUCCACGAAGAAUGGUGUCCUAACUGUGGCAAAUCAGACCACUUUCAAAGAUGGAAGAGGGAAAACAAGGAAUGUAACUGAUCUCAGGGAAGCUGCCAAUGGCAUCAAUAAUGUCCUGGAUGCAAGAUCAGUUGGAAUGAAAAUUUUUGAGGACUAUGCCAUUUCUUGGUAUUGGAUUUUAAUUGGACUGUUCAUUGCAAUGAUUGUGAGCCUGCUCUUCCUUGUCUUGCUGAGGUUCACAGCUGGGGUUCUCUUCUGGAUUUUCAUCUUUGGUGUAAUUGGAAUUAUAGGCUAUGGCAUCUGGCAUUGUUACUGGGAGUAUGACCACCUGAAAGGAAUACCUGGAUCUGACCUCACUGUUUAUGACAUUGGGUUCCAGACAGACUUCAGAGUGUACCUGCAACUGAGGCAAACAUGGUUAGCAUUUAUGAUUACACUUUGUGUUGUUGAGGUCGUAAUCAUACUGAUGCUGAUCUUCCUAAGGAAUCGGAUCCGAAUUGCUAUUGCACUGUUGAAGGAAGGUAGUAGGGCUAUUGGCUAUAUAAUGUCUACGUUGUUCUACCCCAUCGUCACCUUCAUCCUCAUUGCGAUUUGUAUUUCCUACUGGGCUGUGACAGCUGUUUUUCUGGCUACAUCAGGAGAACCUGUGUAUAAAGUAAUGGCUAACCAAACACUCUGCAAGUAUGCAAACCUGACUUGUGACCCAGAGACUUUUAACACGACCAAUGUGACUAAACUGUGUCCAGGUGCUCAGUGUACGUUUGCUUUUUAUGGAGGUGAAAGCCUGUACCACAAGUACAUCUUCAUCUUCCAGUUAGCCAAUGCCUUUGUCUUUCUCUGGCUGGUGAACUUUGCUAUUGCACUGGGUCAGUGUACUCUUGCUGGUGCCUUUGCCUCAUAUUACUGGGCCUCACGAAAGCCAGCUGAUAUCCCACUGUGGCCACUCUUCUCCUCCUUUGGACGAGCAAUACGAUACCAUACAGGUUCGCUGGCAUUUGGAGCCUUAAUUCUUGCCGUUGUCCAGCUUAUUAGAGUCAUACUGGAGUAUUUGGAUCACAAACUGAAAGGUACACAGAACUCCUUCACUAGAUUUCUACUCUGCUGCCUCAAAUGCUGUUUCUGGUGUUUGGAAAAAUUCUUAAAAUUUAUAAACAGAAAUGCCUACAUCAUGAUUGCCAUAUAUGGUAAAAACUUCUGCACCUCUGCCAAGGAUGCCUUCUUUCUGCUCAUGCGGAAUGUGGUGAGAGUGGCAGUCCUGGACAAGGUUACAGACUUUCUUUUAUUCCUUGGGAAGAUUCUGGUUGCUGGUGGUGUAGGUGUCCUGGCAUUCUUUUUCUUCACACAGAGGAUACCAGUCUUUGCACAGGAAGCACCAGCAUUAAAUUACUACUGGGUACCGUUGUUGACAGUCAUCAUUGGCUCCUACCUGGUUGCACAUGGGUUCUUCAGCGUCUAUGCAAUGUGUGUCGACACUCUCUUCCUCUGCUUCUGUGAAGACCUGGAAAGAAAUGAUGGAUCUACAGCAAAACCCUACUUCAUGUCAGCUAGCCUUCACCGAAUUCUAGGGAAGAAGGAGCUAAGCCCCAAGAAGGCAGUGGGAUAACAUACAGUAGACCUCAACAUCGAAACAGUGUCACUUUUAAGCAAAACGUGUACAAAGUAGGCAAAAGUAAAAACUGUAAAUGAUGCUUCUGGUUAAUGGGUGAUUCUUUUUUCCUUUUGCUUAUAUCUAAACAAACAAAAAAAAAAAGAGCAACAUUGGUAACACUUAACUAGUCUAAAUGCUUAAGCUAACAGCUGUGAAGACAAGGCCACGUUUUAGUUUGAGUGCCUAUGAAAAGCAAAAUGUAAAUUUGAAGCUUUUUUAAGUCUAUAAUGAUGUUUUAAUAACUUUUGUAACACAAGUUGCUGCCUUAGACGACAGCAGUUUUGAUAAUGUUUCUUUUUAUAAGUGUAUAUUUGUAAAAGAAAUUCAGGCAAUUUUUUGAAAGCACUAACCUAUAACCUAACUAGCCAUAAAAAAAAGAAAAAAAAAGAAUAGUUCAAGACUCUCUGGUUAACCAGGAGGUGGUACUAAAGUUGUAAAUAUGGUGCUAUGAUUGUAUUUUUUUGUACGAGCUGGUUCACAGCUAUUUAAACUGUGAUUCUACAUGCAUUACUGAUUCCCUACACUGAAAAACGUAGUGAUAUUUUAAUCACGUCCAUGGCUGCGUCUUUUAAGAGAUGGUGGUACCCUGCAGGUCCUGAAGAAGGUAGUCAGAGAAGACUACAGUUGCUACUGCUUAAAGUGAAGUGUCCUGUGAGCUUAAAAGAUGAUGUGACUGAGAGGAAGUCCCACUGCACUUGAAGCAAUUUGUGUUUCACACAAAUGAGGUUUCAUCUGGUACAAGAUGGUGAAUGUAUCGUUUUUAGCUGAUGUCUAAGAGAGAUGCACUUGUGCUGAUAUCCCCCUAUCUAAUGAGCCCAGUUGUGCUCUGUAUCACGAGGAAGUUGAGCUUCACUGAAAGGAAAACCAAAUGCAGUCUUUUUUUCCCUUGGAAGGAAGUCUCGGCUGCAGCUGUGCACAAGGAAUUCCAUUGCCUCUGCCUGGCUCAGAAGGGCUUUUUAAUAAGAUGUUGCAGUGACCGUGUGGGUGCUGAGGGCCAAGAGUGGCUUUCCAGGCUCUCAGUGGCUCACAGAGUAAGGCAUUAACUCAAGUCUUCUCAUGAUAAAGAAUGAAUUAUUUAGCUGUCAAAUGAUGCUCCAAAAGGUUGAGUUUGCUUUUUCAUUAUUAAGUUUGCCUGGCCUUUAAUACAAUCUGUUGGUACAAAGCACAUUAACAUUCUGCUCCAUUUUAAGACCCUCCCAUUAGUAGAACUGUCACAGAGGUUAGUAACAGCUCUGCUCAUGGAAGAAGUCUUACACUGAAGUACUCCUCAAGUCUGUUGCUGCCAUGAGCUCAGAUGGAAAGGUCCAACUAUACUGGGCCUCUCCUCAGUUUCCCUGGGUUCCAGCAUGCUGAAUAAGGUAUCCCAUUACUGUGCACUUUCCAAGAGUGGCAUGUGCCGUAUCUCUGCCAGAGCUAUUACAGGAGUUCAGUACCUGGAAAUGACUUUCCGUAGCCCCAGUGUCAUAAGAGAAGGAUAAAUUGUUUUUCAAAUGAUUUGACUGGAAAUUUCUGGAGAACAUUAAUUGAUUAUUGCAUUCCAAAGCAAUUUUGCUCUUAAUUUAUGGCUCCAGUUUGUGGUGAUCAUAAUCACAGAAGAGCUGUCCUUCGUGCAACAGUUUUGGGGUCUUUUUGUUGUGCAAGUGGUUACCACCCACAUGUUUGCAGUCAUGGGCACAGCAGGGUGUUGAAAUCCUGUGAACUCAGCUGCCAGCAGCAGGAUGCUUGCACCUCUGUGACCCAGUGGGCAUGGCAGUGCUUUCUUCUGGAGCAGAAGGAUUCAGUUUAGGACUCAAAGGAUGCAAAGACCUACAAUAACUACUGAUUGUGAGCGCCUUCACUUUCUGCUAACUCUUCUUGAGAUUCCCUAGUGUAAACCUGACUUUCAGAAAGGGCUGAGAAACCUACUUUCAGAAACAGACUUUUGACUGAUGAAGUUUUUUGUCAUCAUCAUCAUCACUCCUUUCUCAUUGUUUGCAUGGAGUUGAAUAUACAACACCCUCCCAAAUUUUAAAAUCUGUUCUGAGAAGGAAGUCAGUAACUUUUUGGGAUAAAUGUCACCAUUCUGUGGUUUAAAAAGCUGCUGAUUUGGUUACGGUUCAUGUGCUAAAGCCUUUUAAUGAUUUUAGUUAUUAUUUAAUACUACUGUAUGAUUAGUUUGCAACUAAACUGCAUUAAGUAACCUAUAUUUCUACUGGACUUGAGUGUCUUACUUGGGAGCUCAACAGAAAAAGUGUAUUUCUGAACACAGCGUGCUUUUUUUUUUAUCAUAUGAAUGUAACCAUAGAGUUUACUAGGGGUAGAACAUAAUAGAAGUAGUACACAGUUGUUUGAGUAGAAGACUUUUGUAACAGACCUAUGCAUUUACUAAAGGAAUUUCUAAAAGUGAAAGUUUAAAAUUGUAUUAUUAUUUAUAUACAGUAAAAGAAAAAAAAAUUCUAUGUAUAAAUUUGCUCCACUCACUGUUUUGUGGGAUUAUUUAGAAUGUAAGUGAUCAUCAUUUCUGAGGAAGAAAUUUUAAAGCCAUUUUCUUAAUGAUAUGAUGAGAACUGUGAAAACACAAAGCAAUACCGUGUAGAUUUUGUCAUGGCUGAAUCGAGUAAACAAACCACAAUGGUGUAACCUUAGAAUUGGCUCUGAAAAAAUAAACUGCUAAGAAUGAAUUCAGUAGAAAUUAAUGCAAGUAUUUGCUUGGGAAAGAAUCACUUAAAAUAUCUUAAGGCUAACUUCUUAUAAUGACUCCUAAUGAAUCCUGUGGGCCGGAGUCUGCAGGCUUAGACCACAGAGGAGGCACUAGCAGUGAUGUUGAUGGGUUUGAAUGUUCACUUUGCUGCUUGAGUUAGGGUAGGAUUUAAAAUCCCAUCCUUCAGAGUGGGACCUAUGGCUGCCUGUGACACCAUCAAACAUCUCAUACAUGCUUUGCUCCCAGUCCCAUGGGUGUCAGUGGCAGAGGCUCCCCCAUUCCAUGAGGCACGAGCCUACCCUGUGACACAGGUGGCAAGAGGCUGGUGGUUGUCCUGUGCUUAGUGUGGUGGAGAAGAUUUUUGCACGGACAGCCCAGCAGGAGCCUGUUGUGGUCCUGCCCAGCCAGAUGCCACCGCUCUGGGGACAAGCUUUGGGAAAGCACUCUGCAGGAAGACCUUUGUACAUGCAGAGAGAGACCCUUGGAGAGCUCCACCAGGCAGAGUGAAGAACCAGGAGACAGUAGAAAAGACCCACUAUCAUGUCCAUGUGAUCACAUUUGGUUCAGUUUGGGCUGAACUCCUUGUGUCUCCCUACAACUUAUUAAUGGAUGGUUUUCAUUUACAUGUUUUAUACCAAAGUUUUAAUGUGAAGCCUUCGAAUUUUGUAAAAAAAAAAAAAAAAGAAAAAGAAAAAAAAAAAGAGCUGCCAAGAAAGGAAAUAAGGAAAUGAGAAAGAUGAGAUCAUUACUGAGGGCUUUUUCCCCAGGUAGCACUCAGCAGCUUGUUGGGUGUUACAGGGAUGCUGAACAGGCUUUUGCACAUUGGCAUUUAGAAGUAUCAGAUAUUUCAGUGUUGUGUGCUCUGCUCUAGAGCAGGGAAAAGAUCUUGGCAGAAGCAAUGUCAAGGUGAUUCUGGGGCGGUCAGUAGGUGUUCUUCUAGCAAUGGGCUGUCAGAAGUGAUGAUGAAGAACAGUCUGACUGUGUCAGUAGUGUAUAAUGUCUCCCUUCGAGCAGUGGCUCAGCCUGGACAGCUGUGUCCUCUCUGACCAAGUGCCUUACUGGCUGUUGUUUUACCUGGCUCUAGUUUGGAGUUUACCUGUGCCAUGUGGAGUACAAGACAGAAAAGGCUAGACAGGAAAAGCAGUGCUCUCUGUAUUUCAAUUUAACUGGUAGACAAUGAACUUUAGAAGAGAAGUCAGGCGGAUCUGAACUGUGUGGGGCUGCACACAGCAUCCCCCUGUUGCUGUCGUCAGAUGAUGAAGGUGGACUGUGUGGUCUGGGAGGAAACACAUGACAAUUGUGGUGUUGCAAAUAAUGAAAACAAUGCAAGACUGUUCCACUUUUAAAAGUAGAUUUUUGGUUUUAUACAGCUUUAAUUUAUGGUAUUGUGAACUUCCGAGUAGGGUCUGGUUUGCUUUUGGUUACUGGGCCCUUCCGUGGUGCAGCUGCAGCUGGGGAGAACUGGGCUCCUGCUCCAGAACCGGGAGGGAAGGAGCUAAGGCUGUGUUGCUGUGGUACAUCCCCAUGCCUGCUCAUGGGCACCGAGUUCAUUCUCCACUUCAAGACUGAUAAUUUGCUAUCCCGAAGUGUUUUAUAAACGCUCCUACCUUUUUAAACCUUUUUUAUACAGGUGAUAAUUUGAUUUUUCGAGGUACUCUGUAAUUUGUACUGCGCUGUAAUCAAGUUAGAAAGAUAAUGAUUCCUUCAUGUUUAAGUAACACUAGUGCUACUAACAUUAAAAUUGUCUGUUACUCUAUGCUACAGAAAGUCCACCUCUAUUUGUCCCAAAUAAUGAGUUUUAAAAUCACCAAAAAUAAAGAAAGGGGAAAAAAAAAAAGUCAAGUCUCUGUUAAGGUUUGAGGAGUGGAAAGCAGGUUGCUGGUUUCACUAAUGUGGAUGUUAAGGUUAUAUUAUUCUAUUGCCAAAACCAAAUUAACACGAGCACGACAGUUUGAGCUCUAAACCCUGUUUGCUUCUGCUAUGCAGAAAUUAGGAACGUGUUGUUUCAAUAUCUUUGAUAACGAAAGCGUUUAAUAUUCAAUUCUGUUGUUACUUCACUGUUUUGCAGCUCUUGGGGAUUGUUCUAAUAAAGAUUUAGAUACGGAA